AUGGAAAGUUUAGUGACCCCGAAGCAUCCUCAGCGUCGACAGCGAGAGAGCGAAGACGGGUCAGACGAUCCCGACGACUUUGACGCACCUCCGGACGUGAGCGCAGCGUAUGGCCUUUCACCGCCGAUAGAGGUCACCAGUCCCACGCACGAAACGGGACAUGUCACACCAGGACACAUUGUCGGCAGGCCAAUUCACGAGUCUCCAACACACGCACACUUUCAUGAUGUACACGAUACAAAUGGUUUACCGCCACCAAACCUCAUGAGCAUGGAUAACGCGCGCUUUGGACGUGAUAUACAGGCUAUCGAAGCUCAACACAGCAGCGAGACGCUCGUCGAACCGUUUGUUCGCGCGCCAGGAGCAGAACCAGGCCUAGAUCCAAGAAGAGAAUCUACAAAUAGGGCAUACGCUCACAUUAAAGAAGAUUGCGAGAUUGAGGUCGUGGAUUACAGCGAGGACCGUGUUCGGUUUCAACAAUUCCACAAUGAAUCGUUUAUCGCCUUUCUCAGGGGGUGCGACCGUCAGCCUCCUAUGAAAGUUCGAUGGAUCAAUAUAGCUGGUAUAUCAUGGGACGUCAUAAGUGCCCUAGCCCUAAAGUACCAGCUUCAUCCACUAUCAAUAGAGGAUAUUAUGCACAGUGGCCCGACCACACGCUCAAAAGCAGACUACUACCAACGACAUUUGUUUUUGCAUGUCCUAUGCCAUGCCUUGCACUCGAAAAGAUCGUCUCCUCUCGACGCAAAGUACCUCGCCGAAGAAGCCGAUGCAGCAACAACCUCAGGGUCUGAAGACUCGGAGGAGACCACGGUUACGGACGGCGGAACUGAGGCUGAAGAGGAAGAGUCGAAUCGCCGUGCUUUGCUUCGGCGCGUCACAAGACGUGGUAAGAGACGGCGGACAAAGUCUGUAGACACCGAAGCGUCGGCGGGGAAUAGCCAGAGUCGCAUGGGUAGCAUGCGCUGGUCCGAGGCAGUUGGACUGCUAAGUCCGGAAGGCCGUCGGCGGCAGGCACGGGUAGCCAAGCUAGAGGCUCUGAAGAAACGAGACCGAGUGCGGGUGCUAGUCUCGAAUGCAUUCUUUUUUCUCUUUAAAGAUGGGACGGUCAUCUCGUUACAUCAGGGCGACCGUGCGUUUGGAAAUCCAAUCUAUAAUCGACUCCGGCAUUCCGACACUGUGCUGCGAAAGGAUCCAGAGGGGUCUCUCCUUCUCCAAUCGCUCCUUGAUCUCAUUGUAGAUCAGAUGUUGGAUGUCAUAGACAAAUAUGGCGAUAAAAUUAAUGAGAGUGAGACUCAUGUCUUACUUAAACCCAAUAUGGAUGUAGUUCGAAGUCUACACAUUCUAUCAGCAGACUUGACCUUGAGGAAGCGGACGAUGCAACCUCUCAAGACGCUCAUCUAUGGGCUUCGUAGAUUCGACCUAGAAAGGACAGCAGCAGCGCUCGCCGUUGCUGGAAUUCCCCAGGGCCAGGUGCAGGGGUAUAUGAGCCCAAAGACGAAAGUCUACCUGGCUGAUAUUAGCGACCAUUUAGAAACGAUCACAUCCUCUCUCGAGCAAUUCAACACCAUGACCGACAACCUGAUCGAUUUCGUCUUUAAUAUGAAUGCGCAUGCGACGAAUAACCAGAUGAGACGAAUGACCAUUCUGACGCUCAUUUUUCUGCCCAUAACGGCCACGACUGGAUACUUUGGGAUGAAUUUUGCGACGAUGCCGUCUGUGCAAGAGCAUAGCGAGGCCAUGUUUUGGCAGAUUAUCCUACCUGUCAUGGUGGUGGUGGUGACGUGGGCAUUAUGGACGGACAUUUCGAGGGUGUUCAAGAUGUUUGGGCGACUGCGGUUGCUCAAAGGCGUCGAGGAGCGACAAAAGACGAAAGCACGGGAUGCAAAGCGAAUUGACCGGAAGCGACGGCAAACGAUGGAAGCGAAGAAGGCAGGGUGA